CGGCGCUGUAGGGACACUUGUGGAAGUUGUAAAAGGAAUGGAAUGUGGAGUGUGGAAUUUUGGAGGACGGCAAUGUCUUGAACGGAACGUUCCUCUCAUCUAUGGCUUAUGGUUUUGAAGGUGUAAACUUCUCUACAAGUGAAAAGAUAAUUUUAGUUGACAGGGAUGGAUGAAGAUAUCACAAGAUGCCCAAAUGCUUUGGAGGAGGCGGGUCGAGCAUUGGGAUGCCAAGGCUGCCCUGGUCAAGCUCUCUGUCAGGCACAAGGUGGUCCAGACCCCAAGCAAACAGCCCUCAACAUUCGAAUGAAGGCUAUAAAACACAAAAUUCUUGUCAUGUCCGGCAAAGGAGGAGUGGGCAAGUCGACGCUGGCGGCGAGCCUGGUGGUGCGGCUGUCUCGGCGCGGCCCGGUCGCUGCGCUCGACACGGACAUCUGCGGCCCCAGCCUGCCGCGCCUGCUGGCCGUCGAUGGCGCCGACAUCAUCAGCACGCCCUGGGGCUGGAAACCGCCCAUCUCCAGCCUGGGCGGCGUGCGGGUGCUCUCAGUGGGCUCGAUGCUGCCGUCCGACGAGUCGUCGGUGGCGCUCCGCGGGCCGCGCAAGACGCACCUGAUCCGCUCCAUGCUGGCCGACACGCUCUGGGGACGGCUGAGCUACCUGGUCAUCGACACCCCUCCCGGGACCAGUGACGAGCAUCUGAGUCUGGCCAAGCUGCUGCGAGAGACGAGGCCGGACGGCGUGGUGCUGGUGACCACGCCGCAGGACCUCGCCUGCGGCGUGGUGCGUCGCCAGAUCACCUUCUGCCGUAAGGUCGGGCUCCACAUACUGGGACUCGUCGAGAACAUGGCCGACUUCGUCUGCCCCUGCUGUCAGGAGCGGUACCGGCUGUUCGCCGACGACUAG